ACACUACUCCAUGCUUUUCUAAGAACAUGCACAUUGCACAUUGCACAGAGCAACCUCUUUCAGUUUUUCCAUGCAGAGAAAGAAAGAAAAAACACCAACAGUUAGAAAGUUACCUUGUCCUCCAAUCCAACCAAAUCCCGGUGCCAGUGGGCCACACCCAAUUACCAACCUACACCUACGCACCUAAAGCGCUCCCAAACCGGUGCGCAGCGGCUAAAGCAACCGCGGCAGCAGCAUUUAACUCUCUCUAUUCAUUCCAUUCAUUCACCGUAGCCAGUCCACCCAGGACUGACCCAACCCACCCACAUUCAAUGAGUUUCUGUUCACCCACCCCGACCCAGCCUCCACCUCCUCCAUCCGUACACCCCCCCCUCACGUGACCCUUCACGUGACUCAACCCCUCCACAUUUAUAUACUCUCCUCGCCUCCUCGGCGCCAUUUCUCUCUCUCGCUCGAUCUCUCUGAAAUCCUCUCCAGUCUCCACCAUGUCGUUCUCUUCUUAUUCUUCUCCACCGCCUCCAUUCCUGAGCGAUCCCACAAGCUACAUCCCCUCCGACUCCUCUACUCCACCUCAUGCAUCGUCUUCAUCAUCCAUGAACCCUAGCGUCCUCAUCAUCGCGCUUAUCCUCUUCAUCACCGUAGUAGCCUGUAUCUCUCUCUGCCUCCUCCUCCGCCACCUCAACCGCCGAUGCCUCCGCCACGUGUCCUCCUCCUCCACCAACACCACCACUGCUACCACUACCGCUGACUCUCACCCUCUCUCCGCUCGCCGCGUGUCUCCCGAAAUCCAUAGAAGCUCCAUCGCCGACUCUCUCCCUCUCUUCACCUUCUCCUCUAUCACUCGCCGCUCGUCGUCCAGUACUACAUCCUCUGCGGACUGUGCGGUUUGUUUGUCCAAGUUCGAGCCGACCGAUCAGCUCCGAUUCCUCCCUCUCUGCUGCCAUGCCUUCCACGCGCAGUGCAUCGACGCCUGGCUCGAGUCCAACCAGAGCUGUCCGCUCUGCCGGUCGGCCAUUUUUGCGUCGGAGUCCGACCUCAUGAAGGCCUCGCUCGCUUACGCCAACGGAGCCUCCGGUGGAGAGAGUUUCCGCCUUGAGAUCGGAAAUGUAAGCCGGCGAAGAGCGGAAGGAGAGUCUGGCGAGGCGCGGAGGUCCUAUUCCAUUGGAUCGUUUGAGUACCUUGUAGACGAAGACUCGGAGAUCAGUAUGAGCCACGCGCACCAGUGGAGCGUAUCGGAUAAGGAGGAGAGCGGAGCUUUUCCGGAGACGACGGAGGCGAGUCUGGCUUCUGAAGUAGGCGCCGGAAGGAGCUGGCUCAAGGAGUACGUCGAUAGGCUCUCAUUCUCUCUCUCGUCGCGCGCGAUGUCAUUUCGCAGCUCCGGCAGGUUCUUCUCCGGAAGCAGUCGCCGGAGCAAUAUCACUGGAGCCGGAGAAUUGGACCUCGAAGCCAAUCGAGUCGGCGAAGAGAUCAGCGAGAUGUUUCGAUGGCUGUCAGGGGUAUGAACUGUAAAUACUGCGUUUUCUUAGGACAUUUUUUUUUCCCCUUAUUCAUCUAAAAAACAAUUUUUGAUUUUUUAAACCGUUAAUUCCACCCUAUUUUUUGCUAUAUCCGCUCCGUAGUUAUGACGACGUAAUACAAAAUUUGGAGUGGAUGUAGCAAAAAUAUUGAGUGGAAAUAAGGCGAACGGGAUUUGUCAGGAUGCCAUUUUUGUCACAGAAUAUUGAGUGGAAAUUACGCUUCAGAAAAUCUGACGGUCUUCGUUUCUGUUCUUGGUAAGGUCCACCGUCGACGGUUGUGAUUGGAUGUACGAAAUUCUAGGAAAAUAUUAAUUAGUACUGUGAUUUUAGCAUUAGUGGCAAAUAAAGGUUCUUAAACCACAUUUUGUGAGUGAUUUUGUUGGUGCUCUCUUGGUACUGUUAUGUGGGUUUUAUGAUCUGGUAGUUGAUG